AGUUCCAAUCAGGUGAUUCAAUAACAUUCAGAUGCAGCAGAACUCCUCAGAUAACAAGACAGUACUCCUUUCAGGAAUAUACUUCAAGGGGUUUUCUGAUACUGUGGCUUGUGUGGUACCACAGUGUGAUACCUAUAUUUUCAAGUUGAUAAAUUGUUGUUCAGACUGAUUCAUGAUUCCGAAAUCUGAAGAAUGAUCACUGGAAUUUAUGUAUUAUUAUUCAUCAUUCAAGAAAGAAAUAAUGAGCUCCAAUAAAAAAAUUGAGGAAGGCCUAGAGCAUAUUAGAAAUGCAGAAAAGAGUCUCAAGACUUCUCUCUUGAAAUGGAGACCAGAUUAUGAGAAUGCUGCUGAUGAAUACAAUAAAGCAGCUACAUGUUUCCGUAUUGCAAAAUCACAUGAACAAUGCAAAGACUGUUUACUGAAGGCAGUUGAAUGCUUCAAACAAAAUAAAGCAUUGUUUUAUGCUGCUAAAGCACUAGAUCAGUGUAUACUGGUAUGUAAGGAGCUGGGUGAUCUGAGAGAAGUGGCUAGUUUUGCAGAAAGAGCUGCCAAUAUGUUCCAAACUCAGGGAAAUGCUGAAUCUGCAGCAGCAUCUCUUGAUAAGGCUGCAAAAAUACUGGAAGCCCAGCACCCUGCAGAUGCUCUCAAACUGUAUCAACAUGCUGCUGAAGUAGUCAUGAUUCAAGAUAGUACCAGACAAGCUGCAGAAUAUAUCAAUAAAGUUGCAAGGUUACAUGUUAAAUUACAACAAUAUGACUUGGCUGCAGACGCCAUAAGAAGAGAAAUGGGAUUGCAUGAACAGAACGAAUCUUAUCAAGCAACUGGUCGCUUAACGGUAGCUUUAGUAUUAGUUCAGUUAACAAGAGGAGAUGUUGUUGCAGCAGAAAAAGCAUUUAAAGAGUGGGGAAACUAUUGUGAGGGUGCCGAGGUGCAGACCCUCGAAGCCCUGCUGCAGGCCUACGACGAGGAAGACGCGGAGGGCGCCCAAAGGGCUUUGAACAGCCCCUUCAUCAAGCACAUGGACGUCGAGUACGCCAUUCUCGCCAGAGACAUGCCUCUGCCGGAAGGGAUGACUGUGCCUGUGGUCAAGAAGGAGCAGACGGUCGCCCCUGAGAUGUCAGAGGGUCUGAUCGAGAAGGUUUCUACUCUUUCCACUGGAGACACAGAAACUGGGAAAGAAGAUUCAAAAACGUCCGAAAAUACUGACGCCACUGAAGAUGACUAUGAAGGUGGCUUAUGCUAAUUUUAAUCAUUGGAAAAAGGUAAAAAGUAUAAAAUAAUUAUUAAUUUUGAAUUAUAAGAUUAUACAUAAUGUAUAUUAAGUUGUGAAAUAAUUGUGAUAUUAGUUUUAUUGUGUUUAUAAGAUUAUGAAUCAAUUUCAUUUGAUUUCCUUUAUUUUUUGUGGUUCCUUUGAAUUUGGAGGCAUAUUAUAGACAUUCCUAUAAUUUAAUAAUCACGAUUUUCUCAGUGCUGGGUAUUGACUACACUGGAUUCUAAAUUUAUUUUCAACUAUGGAUUUAUGUUGUGAUAUCCUUGAAUUUGCAUUUGAAUAUUUGAUUUCUCUCCUGAAAGUUUUGAUGAUUGUAUAUUCAUUGUUGAAAAAAAUUUCACAUAUUGUUCAAUUGUUUAUGCUCUCCUAGUAAUCAUUGAAAGAAGAUACAAUGUUAAUUUAUUACUGAAAAUACUGUAGUUCAGUGUUGGUCAUCAUUUUGUGACAUCAUUACCUUAUAAUAAAGAACCUCAUACAGAUGU